AUACCAUCUCAUCUCAGUGAAUCAUCACACAGACAGCAUCACAGCACUCACUCACCCAGCGCGCAGUACAAUGCAAAUGGCCAGGCUAGGAGCACUGAUUCCGCUGGCCAUCCUCCUGCUCGCCGCCGUCGCGGCCACUGCCGCGCCUCCUUCCGACAGGCCACCCAAGGCGCAGGGGCCCAAGCCGCACAAGGAGAAGGAGAAGGAGAAGCCCAAGCCCAUGAAGGUGAAGUGCCGCCCCCGUAAGCUCUACCCUUACUGCCCCGGCAAGCCGAUGGAGUGCCCCGCCGAGUGUUCCCAGUCAUGCUACGCCGACUGCAACUCCUGCAAACCCGUCUGCGUGUGCAGCGUGCCGGGGGCGUGCGGCGACCCGCGCUUCAUCGGCGGCGACGGCAACGCCUUCUACUUCCACGGCCGCCGGGACGCCGACUUCUGCGUGCUCUCCGACCGCGACCUCCACAUCAACGCGCACUUCAUCGGCAAGCGCGGCGCCGACGGCAUGUCCCGGGACUUCACGUGGAUCCAGGCCAUCGCCGUGCUCUUCGACGGCCACGAGCUCUACGUCGGCGCCAGGAAGACGGCCGCGUGGGACGACGACGUCGACCGCAUGGAGCUCACCCUGGACGGCGAGCCCGUGCGCCUCCUGCCGGGAACCGACGCCGCGUGGACGUCCGGCGCCGUGCCGGCGCUGUCCGUCACCCGCACCAGCGCGGCCAACGGCGUGCUCGUCUCGCUCGACGGCAGGUUCACCAUCAGGGCCAACGCCGUGCCCAUCACCGAGGAGGAGUCGAGGGUGCACCGGUACGGCGUCACGGCCGACGACUGCCUCGCGCACCUUGACCUGGCCUUCAAGUUCGGCGCGCUCACCGCCGACGUGCACGGCGUGGUCGGCCAGACGUACCGCUCCGACUACGUCAACCGGUUCGAUGUCAAGGCCUCCAUGCCCACCAUGGGAGGGGACAGCAACUACACCACGUCCAGCCUCUUCGCCGCUGACUGCGCCGUGGCGCGUUACGCGCCGUCUGGCGGUAGCCGUGACCGUGACGACGGCGUUGCUAUGGUGUCAGAGAUCGCUGGCAUCACCUGUUCCAGUGGCAUGGGUGGUCAAGGCGUGGUGUGCAAGAAGUAACCAAGGAGGUGUGCUUCUACUUGCCGACGAAAGCACGAGAGUUAAUCGGGUAAACUAUAUAUGAUGUUACCGGAAUUGUAACUGCUAUGAUAUAUAAGCGUGGGUGUCUUCAUCAUUGUCAUGACAUUCACACCGCAAUAAGGCUUGCCACUGGUUGUGGUAUUCACAUUUGAUUAUAAUACAAGUGUAUUUGUGAU